AAAAGCAGUUUGUUAUGUUACACUUUGUUCUCACUCUAGACUCAUUUAUGUAUUUUUUUUAUUAAACAAAUUAUGGAGAACUUUAAAUCUACUGUCAUGGUAGAUGUUGAGUUUUAAAAUAAUUAGGAGUAAGCUCGUAUCGAUGGGAUUUAGGAAUACGCUAACAUUUAAGGGCGCCAGUAUCUGUAAUAAAUCAAUAUUGGACACUUAAUUAGCAAAAUGUAAUACCAUCAAUUAACAGUUCACUUAAAAAAUAAAGAUUUAAGCCACUGAAUAUGACAAUAGUAAUAACUCAAGUAGUUUCCUGUUUAGUUAUACAUUACCAAAGCAAAAAUAUUACACAUAAAUUAAAACAAUUAGAAUAUUAGGUUACACCUUGAAGUGCACAACCUUUAUUUAUAAUAUGGUUUUAAUACACCUCACUAUAACAGCUUAGAGCGGCACUGCUUCAAAUAUGCAGUAUCUCAGCAGAUAAUGCUGAUAAUACUCUGUUUCUUGUUCCACUUCAACAUUAACUAAAAGAAAAACAAGAAUGCAAAACACAGAAGAUAGAUUGUUGGGUGUCAAUCCUGGUCUUGAUUUUUGGCACAAAACACAGGCUUCUGUUGACUCUACAGUUUCUCAAAAACACACAAAUAGAAAAUCAUCUUGUUACACUUCAAAUCUUUGAAUUCAUCUAAUGCUGAGAGUCAAGUGAAGUUUCGCUGCAAGUUUUGUUGACAAUUCUGGUCAGCUGGGACUCAGAAAGUGUGUUUCAUAUGUUGUAUACAUGAUACCUGAAUUUUAUUAACAAUACUUUCCUUUGAAAAAUAUAAACAUGUUUCUCUAUAAACCUUUUUUUUUUCAUUUACCAAAAGAAGUCAAGGAUCUCAAAUGUUAAAUCUUAUCCAAACACGCUGACUGUACAAAAUAAUCUGAAAUUUAAAUCAGGAACUCUGCGAUCAAACGACGAGUAAACAAAGAUUAUGUAUUGGACCAGAUAUGUGAUACCACAUUUCUUAACUAUAAUGGAUGGGGAGAUGUGGUGCUACCAGAAACCUGGGUUUGAAGCCCUCCUGCUCGCUGAACUGCAAAGACAACAACAGUGCAGCCAGUUCUGUGACACUCUGCUCAAGGCAGAAGGUGUUUCAGUGCCAGCACACAGUUGUAUUCUCUCAGCUAUCAGCCCCCACUUCUCCUCUGCUCUGUCCUCCACACCGGCGCCCCCAGCUGGUCAGAGUCGUCUCCUGGAGUUUCGGGCUCUUGGCACCUGCACGCUGCUCCACAUGGUCAGACUGUUGUACUCGGGGGAGAUGGCAGGGGAGGGGGAAAAGGAGAAGCAAGAGGCUAUUUCUGCUGCGGCCAAGCUUGGCAUCCACGGGCUUGUGGAAGUGACAAAAAGAGAUCGUAAAAGGAGAAAUGGGGAAGGAGACUGCCAGCACACAGAGGUGGGAGUGCAGACAGAGCCACUGAUACUUGAGGACAGUGAGGCGAGACAGGGCAAGUGGAGGAGAGAGGUGAGGGAUGGGAGCACACUUCUGUGGAAAGAGAUGCUGUCAACUGGUGAAAAAGACUCAUGGACGCAGACAGAAGAGCUGCAGGUAAACACUGCUCCCUCUCAUCACCCUGCAGCCUCCCUUGAAACCAUUGAUAUGACUGCUCUACAGAGUUUAGGACAGACAGACUCCCAUCUUGUUCCCCCUCAAAUUCCCUACGUUCCCAUAUCCCUCGCCUACCCACCAGAUGCAAAUCAAACACCCCAACCUUCCUCUGCUCCUGCAGCUUCUUUUCAGGCAUCCUCUGCUGCUGGACACACACCUGUUGCUGUUGUGGCACCACCGUACUCCUCUGCACCCCCGUCCCUCCUUCCUUUUUCCAGCCAAGCGAUCCCAUCGGGUGCUGACCCUCAUAGCUGGUGGGCUGGCCCUCAAGGAGCAGGCAGAGAUGUCACUGCGGGUGAAGAAUGGGAGGAGGAGCAGCUCGAGCAGUUUCAGGACAACAUCCCAGGAUUUAUCAGUUACUUCCUGAACCCGGACAGAGUGGAGGAGCCCUGCAGAGGGCGACCACAGAGACAGCGGGGAGCCGGAGAUGGAGGUGCCAGGAGGGCCGGGACAGGUGAGAGACGAGCCAGGAGACCACGAGCAAGAACAGGAGGGAGGGGACGCGGAGGGUUAACGCAGACGGUGGAUGUGCAGGACGUGGGGGUGAGCAGGCUGCAGAAGCUGUUCCUGCAGAGGUGGGGCAUGCAGGCGUGCAGGACGAGUCAGGGCGGAGGAGCUGUAGGCAGGAAGUUGUACCUGAAGACCAGAGAGCUUCUGAAGAAGAGCUGUCAGAGGAGAAGGGGGCGCGGUAAAGCAUGGGAUUUCAUCCAAAGUGGAGAACUUCUGCCCUACAGUGAGAUUGGAGGAGGAGGGAAAACGCGACGUGGGAGGAGGACUACAACGCAGGAGUUGAAACAGGACCCUGUCGGCAGGCCUCAGAGGGCGAGAGCCAAAUCAGCAACAUCAGCUUCCCCUUCAUCUACUCAGAGACCAUUCUACAACUCCCGUACCUUGCCUGCGCCCAGCCUCUCCCUGCAGCCUUCUCCGUCUCCCAGCCCGAUGUUACCUGCAGCUUCCUACGCCGGUCCAGCAUCGUCCCUCCUCCACACCACCUCCCUUCCUCCCCCAGCCCCUCCUUCUCAUGAGGACCAGCCAGAGCACUUUGAUCGUCUUCUGGAGGAAGUGAUAAUGGGCCUCGACUGUUCCUCUUCUAUCAACACUUUUUCCCAAAACAAACAACAAAGUCAUACCACUGGCCUCCUGGAUGCAGGUCCAGGUCUUCAUGGAGCCGGCAGAUCCAGUUCUGCAAAUGGUGAGAUGCCAAUUCUGCAACAGAAGGGAGAGGGGGAGCUGACCGAGAUGCUGGAGCACUUCCUGCAGUCCUUUGAGCAACAUAUUGACAGCUGCACUGCCAGGGAAGAGGAAGAGAUGGCCGGCGAUGGCACCACAGAGGCCAACCAGCCGUACACUGUCCUGAGCAAAUACAGCAGAACCAAGAUCCAGAUCACAGCCCCUCACACUCCUCAUCCACAGCGUAUACACACCACCCGUCCUGCACAGGCACGCCGUCCAAUCAGACACCCUGAUGAAACACCACAGAGUCGCUCACAGCCACGCAAGUCAUCUCCCCGCAGCGCAGCUCCACCCAAACACACUGAGGGAACAUCGGGGAGAGUCAGAGCCAAACGGCCGAGAAGGAGAAAAACAAAACAGUAUCUGUUCUCAUUGGAGAAACGGAGGGUGAAGAAGUCUGUGUCACUGAGUGACGCAAAGACCAAAAUCGUACCCGACCGAGGAGACAAGCAGCUACAGCAGAUGCCUGUGGUGCAACUAGAGAGGAGCGGCCCGCUGCCAGUGAAAGUUACAUUGCAGAGUCGCAGCUGUCAGAGUCUGGAAGUCAAGAGUCCUGCAAAAACAAAAACCAGUUCAUCAUCGGUGAAAUCACCACGUGUCCGCUUAUGGGACGAGAAUCAGCUGGUCUCAUGGAGCAAAAAGACCUAUCCAAUCAGGAGUAGAUUUAAGGAAGCACAUAUCACAGACAGUAUGCCCUUUCUUGAACAGCCACUUACAGACAAACGACCACCACAGUCAGCACGCCAGCCAGGUCGAUUGCGAGGCAGGCCCUGUAAAAAUAGACAGCCUCUGAGUUUAUCUAAUGAUGAGAGUCCCACAUCUCCAGUUCAGCUGCAGCCUGUAGAGCCCUGUGUAAGGGAUGAACAACUAGAAAGCAAUCAAGAGAGACGUGAAGAAGAAUUGACUGUGCUGCCACAGGAAGAGACAACAGCAGGGAGGAGGACGAAGAGAGGCGCAGAGGACAGGAGCGAUGACACCAGUGUGGCCAAGAAGGUCUGCUUUGAGCAAAUGACACAGCCAAUGUCUGAGACGUGUUUACCCAGCUCUGAAUCUGCAGACCAUGUGUCUGAAACAGCAGCCUUGGAGACUGAGGACUUGAUCGAUGUUGAGACCGUCUCGCUGACCAGCGUAGAAGACACUUUACAAAGAAAAGAACAAGAAGCAAAAACAGCGUGGAGUGAAAUCAAACUUGAAGAGGCUGGUCAGAACGGAGAGGGAAGGGAAAGUUUGACGGAUGAAGAGAUGGAGAGCAGUGGCGAUGAGAUAAUCGAUGUGGACGGAGACUCUGUCGGGAGCACCAGCCUGAAGAGAGAAGAUGACUGCCGAGAGCGGGCGCAAAAGAUCUGCCGCCAGAACAGAACGGCGUUUGUUCAAGUGAAGCCUCCUGCUUCCAAAGAGGACAGUCUGGGGUCAACAGGAAGCUGGGAAGAGGACAGAGACGAAGACAUCGAUGUGAUUGGAGGGUCCAGUCCCCUCCCAGAUCCAGUGAUCAUCAGCUGGACAGAGUCUUCAGGCAGCGAGGAAGAGGAAGGAGACGAGGAGAUUGACGUUAGCGGAGAAAAGACAGACUACACAUCAUGAGCCGUCUUCAUUAGUUUGAAGUCAAGGUGAGUAGGUGAGCUUGUUAACAGAAAAUACCACCCUGAGGUGCUCUUACAUUAGUGUCUAUGACGACCACCCCGGUGCAAAAAGAAAGUGUGUCUUCUUCAGUUUCUUACAUUUACCAGAAAACAUCCCUGAAUUUGUUUAAGUUGGCCGUUGUGGGUUCAUUAUAAAUGUUCAUUGACUGUGAUGUGUGAACUGUCUUCUGUUUUUAUCAUGUUCAAACACACUGACAAUCACUUUGAGGGACUUUCUUUUUUCUAUUCCAUCAGUGUUUAGGAAUAGCUGCGAGCAUGUUGAAAGACAGAAAAGAUGUGCAUCAUAAUGCAUUUAAUGAGCCACAAAACAAGACUGUGUAGUUUACUUAACAAUUGUCAAACUGUCAAAGGUGACUGGGAUCGUUCCUUUUUUGUACUUCUUAGAUAUUUAAACCAUUGAUUUUAUGUAAAGAGUUACAAGGUUGUUACUGUUAAGCAGAAAUGUUCAGCAAAGUUUGACUGUGGAGUGUUGAAAACAACACUUGGCGAGCAGUUUAGUGAAAGUAUUCACUUGAAAAAUCAGGUUCAUGUAUCGUCAAAGGAAUUAAUAGUUGUUUUAUUAGUUGUAAAUAUGACUAUGACUGUAUUAGUUGUAAAUAUGAUUGAUAAUGUCAGCCUCUGUUCUGUUUGUGAAUGUUCCAGGAAAACUCGUCUUCCUUGUUUUACUGAUUGUACAAUAAAAAUUUCUCUUUGA